CCCCGCCAUUGGACUUUUGUGUCCGUGCCCAGAGACUUUGGUAGAAGUCCUCUUUCUUCCUUUUCGGUUGAUCUCCUCCCCUCCUCCCCGGCCAUCAGAAUGCCCGUCGCCGCGACUCGUGCCGUCCUGCGGCAAUCGCAGUUCCUGACCCGCAGAACCGCCGUCAGGCACGCCUCCUCCGCCUCUGAAGCGGCCUCCAAGGCGACCGAGACUGCCUCUUCGGCUGCGUCCAAGGCCUCCGAGGGUCUGUCCAAGGUCUCCGCCUCCGCGGGCCCGGCCAUCUCCAACGCUGCUGAGACUGCCGGCGCUGCCCUGAGGAAGAUUGGUGGAAGGACCGGAAAGGUCAUCAAGUUUGUUGACUCAUUAAUACCCCCUACCCUCUACUACAGCAAAGUCGGAAUUGAGCUCAGCAAGCUGGUCUUCCGUGGUCAGAACAUGACUCCUCCGUCCCUGACCACCUUCCAGUCCUACUUCCAGCCUCUGAUCAACGCCGUCCGCAACCCUGCUACCAUCAAGAGCGCCAACUUCCCGUCUCCCCAGAACCUCAUCUCCCGCGUCCGCAACGCUGAUAAGAAGGAGCUUGCUUUCUAUGGUGUCACCGCCGCCGAGGUCAUCGGCUUCUUCACCGUCGGUGAGAUGAUUGGCAGAAUGAACAUCGUUGGCUACCGGGGGCACCCUGAGCACCACGGCCACUAAAUCCGUCUUUUAUUCUAAAUCUGCCCCGUCUUUUUCUGUUUCCUAUAUUCUUUUUCUACCCGCGUAUUGUACUAUUGUAUGAUAGA